AUGGGAGAAGGGCCAAAUUCACACGGGAACUUUGUGUUGGAUGAUACUCUGCACCAAAUUGCUAAAGAAACACAGUUGAGCCGUCCACUCCGUGUCGAGUCUCCCAUGGGAGAAGGGCGUUUCGAUGACUAUAUGUAUUUUUGUUUUUCUUAUUUGUUUGUCAUGAAUGAUGUUGACAAAGCAAUUGCAUUGUUAACGAAAUUUAAAGACCAGGGUAUUCAACCAAGUGUGUACACAUACACUAUUCUUGUCAAGGGAUUGUGCCGAAGUGGAAAAUUGGAGGAUGCACAAAAAGUUUUUGAAGAUCUUUUGGUCAAAGGCUACAAUCUUGAUGUCUAUGCAUAUACCGUUAUGAUCCAAGGGUUUUGUGACAAGGACUUGUUUGAUGAAGCGUUGGCCUUGCUGUCAAAAAUGGAAGAGAAUGGAUGCAUUCCAGAUGCUAAAACUUAUGAAAUAAUUAUCCUUUCUCUGUUCGAAAAAGAUGAAAAUGAUAUGGCAGAGAAACUUCUUCGUGAAAUGAUCGUGAGAGGGAGAGCUCGUUAA